UAAAUGAAUAAUGUGUCAGAUGUAAUAUAAUAUUUACCAAUUUUUAAAUAAACCAAUAAACAAAACUUAAAAAAUGUACGGAAUUCGUUUAGUGUCGAGGGCUAUGCAAUAUCGGAGGUUUUCAAAUUUCGUCAAUUAUGCAAGGCCCUUGAUUUUAAAUGAUAAUGUUUUUAAUAAAAGGAGAUAUAGUUCCAUAGCGGUAGAAGAUAGUUAUAUUAAGAAAUUUAUGAAUGCUGUGGGAUGGAUGGAUCAGUCUAGAACGCGCCUCAAACUAACUGGAUAUUUCCUAUAUGAAUCGGUCCCAGAGAAGGUUGCAUAUCAAGAAUGGUUUGAAAAACUAGACUUACCUGAUACAUUUGCCUCAUGGUUUAUUGUCACAGAAUUGCAUGUUUGGUUAAUAUUAGUGAGGUAUAUGGCUGAAGAUGUCACCUCUAUUACUAAUGAUAAGAAGAAGUAUGUAAAAGGAGAUGGUCAUUUUGUUAGGAAUUGUGUUAUUGAAGCGCUAUGGGCUGAUGUUGCUAUGAGGAUAAAAUUAUUAGAGGGGGCAAAUCCUGCAAUAGCUAGGAAGCAAGUUACAGAACUCUCGGAGCAGUUCCAAGCAGCCCUGGUUGCUUAUGACGAGGGCUUGAGUGAUGACAAAGUGAUGGCAUCUGCUGUAUGGCGCAGGUUUUACUCUCUCUCUGAUGAUGCUAAUGCUGCAGAUAUUGAGAAAAUUGUUCAUUUUAUUAGACAUCAGAUAUCAGAACUUGAUAAGAUUCCUAGUAAAGAUUUAAAAUGGAAACCUGUCUUUACUUGGUUAAGUAUAAACGAUCAUUAGUGUUGGUGAUGUACAAAUAAUAUAGAUAGAUUGGUUAAUUGUUAUUUAUUAUUUAUAAAUAAAUAAAUAAAUCAUG